AUGGAUAGAAGGAGAAGAAAAAGGAAAAUAUAUUUUUUAUUUUAUAUUAUAUAUUUUUAUUUUAUUUUAUUUUAUUUUUGUGUUUGUAUUAAGAAUAUUAUAAGAGAUGAUAAUAAAAAUUAUGAUAAAUUAAAUGAGUGUAAAAAUAUUUUACCAUUUUAUUUAAAUAAUCCAGAUCAUUGUAAUUUAUUAAACGAAAUUAAUUUAUCAAAUAAUUACUCCAUAAGGUGGAAUAUUAACUAUUUAUAUUUUCAAUAUUUUAAUAAUAAUAUUUUUAUAAAUUUUUAUUUACAUAGCAUAUAUGUAAAGGAUGUUGAAUUAUUCGAAUAUACUAAUAAAAGUGUUCUCCUUUUAAGAAAAGAUGCUAUUGAAAAUGAAGUAACAUUUGUUAAAUAUAUUGAAUUUGAUAAAAGUAUGAUAAAUAAAAAUAAAAAGAGAACUUUUUAUUUAACUAUCAAUACUAUACAUGUUCCCAAUAAUGAUGUUUGUAUGGACGUAACACUUGAAAUGAACAUAAGAACUAUAGAUAAUUUAAAAGAUGAAAAAAUAAAAAGAAAGAAUAAUAAAUUGCCACUACACAAUAAAAAUUAUAUUAUUAUUAAAGAUAAUUAUUAUUAUGUAACAAAUGAUGAUUAUAUUUUUAAUUUAAAUGAAGCAAAUGAUUUUUAUAUUGAUAAUAAAGAUAAUAAAAUUAUAAAUAUUUAUAGUGUUUCCUUUUUCGUUGAUUUUAAUAAACAUGGUAAUAUAACUUUUUUUUCCUUUCUAACUCGUGAUAUAAAAAAUUCGAAAAAUUUAUUUUUUGAAUUAAAAAAAAUAAAAUUAAGUACAAAUUUCUUGAAUAAUAUGAGCAUAGACAAUAUAUUAAAUUUUGCAAAUGAUGAUCAAACAUGUACAAAUAAUUGCAUACAAAGUAAAAAUACAAAAAAAGGAAUAUUUUUAAAUACUUUAUUAGAGAAUAAUUGUAUGUACAAGUUUCUAAUUAAAUAUAAAAUGGAUAAUAAUAAAGAGGAAAAUAUUAUAACUAAUUAUGACGAAUAUAUACAUUUUAAUUUAGAAUAUUCAAUUAUACAUAAUUCAAACGAUUAUACUUUUGUUGAUUACAUAAGAGAGCGUUUCAGUGAAUGCAUUUAUAACUCCUUUUUGCCAAAUAAAAUUAUUCAAACAGAAAAAGUAGGCAUAUCAACCCUUUUUUCAAAUAAACAGUGUUUUGAAAAUAAAAAUUGUAGCACAUAUGAUAUUGAUGAAUUUGUAAUUUAUGAUAGAGUGAUUGAAUUAAAUGAUAAUUUCAUUUUAAAUUUUGAUUCUGUUAAUUUAUUUGAAGAAGAACAAAAGAUAAGCAUAAUAGUUAGUGAAGAUUCACUGUUUAAUUUUAGUUUAAUUUCUAAAUCAGAAAAUAUAUAUGUAAAUAUUCUAAAAAAAGAUAAUUUAGAAAAUGUGUGCAACACUUACUAUUUAAAUAAUAUAAAGGAUUACAAUUUAUAUGACUAUAUAACAAAAGAUAAAACUAAUUUCUCACAUAAGCAUUUUAAUGAUAUAUUUCAUAACGAAAAAAAGGAAAAAUAUAGUUUAAAAAAUUUUUCUCUGCAAAAUAUUAUAUAUAUAAAUUGCAUAUUAAAAAAAGGAGAAUAUGAUUUAAAGAUAAAUGUAGAAAGUUUUAAUAUGAUAUGUGACUCAAAUGAGAUUAAUUUAUUAAUUCAUCCAUUACAUAUGUAUGAAGAAAAUCAUAAAUGUGACAUCAUAAACGGGGUUACUGAAUUAUUUGAUUCUCAUUUAGUUAAAGAGACUGAAGAAAAACAAAAUAAAAAUUUGAAUGAUACUUUAGAUAAAUCAGAGUUUAAAACUUACUAUAAAAUUUAUGAAAGAAAAUGGAUAUUAAAUAACCAAUUAAUGCUUGAUUAUGAUUUUAUAAUGUUAUACGAAAAAAAUAUAAUUGAAAAUAUUGAUGAAAUAGUUAUAACUAUAAACAACUCAAUUUUUCUUGAUAUAUUUUUUUUAAUAAUAGAGGUCAUUAAAGGAGAAAGUUAUUAUUAUGUAUACAAAGAAUCAAGAAGAAAAACAAAAUAUAAACUUAAAUAUAAUAACUCUUGUUCUAUAUAUAUAUUUACAGCCAACCUACAUUAUGCACAAAAGGAUUUAUGUGGUUUUUUUUUCGUUGAUAUUGAAUUUGUAAAUACGAAACAGAACACAGAAGAAAAAAAAAUUUUUAAUUAUAACAAUAUUAUUGAAAAAAUAAACUAUAUACCAAAUUUUAUUAUAAGUUUUGACAAUUAUAUGUAUUCUAAUUUUUGUUAUAUACCUUCUUAUAAAAAGCAUUCUCUUACUAUUUAUUUACUGGAAAAUUCAAUAAUUAAAAUAAAUUGUUUUACUGAAAAUUAUAUCUAUAUCUAUUUAAUACAUAAAAAUAAAAAAAUAUAUGAAGGGUAUAAUCAUCUAUAUAUAGAAUCCUUUACAAAAGGGGAAUAUGAAAUUGUUUUUGAAUUCAAUUCACAAAAUGAUAAAACUGAUAAUUCCUUUUUUUACUUGCAAAUUUAUAUAUAUCAUUUAAGUUACAUACAUAAAUGUGUUACUGAUGAUGGCGAUAAUUUAUUAAUUGCUAAUAAUUAUUUAAAAGAAACAUCGGAUUCUCCAUUUGAUCUUAGUUCUUAUAAAGGAAAUGAUGAAAAGAAAGAAGAAUCUAAUAAUGAAAAAAAUUUUUUUUUUUAUAAAAGUCAAAAUUCAUAUUAUAUAUUCAAAAGAGCAUUUCUUUUUCUUCAUCCUAAUAAAAGAACAAUAAUGAAUUUAAAAUUACCUCAAGUUAAAAACUUAGACAAUAAUAUUUUUUUUCUAAAAAUUGAAUUAGUUUUUCAUAAGAAUUUUUUUCCUUUUAAAAUGACACUUGAAGAAAAUAAAGAUAAUUUUUUAAUUCAUAGUAGUAAUUCAUAUAAGAAUAAAAUCAUAAUGCUUGUAAGUUUAUUAAAUAAUAAAAUUAAUUUAUUUAAAUUAUGUAUAGAACUAUAUGAAGAUAUAGAUAAGAAUUUAGAAAAUAGUUAUUGUUCCUAUGCAUAUUUAAACAUUACCUACACAAAUGAAGUAGAACAUUCUGAUAUUGGUUUUAAUGAUAUUUUGAAUUAUAGCACAAUUAGCAUGCCAAUGUUACUAAAUAAUAUAUUUUUAAAAAAUUUUAAUAUAAAAGAUCAAUAUAUCGAUGAUGGUAAUAAUAACAAUAAAAUAAAAAAUGAACUUAAAGCAACAGUAUCUUUUAAAAAUUCUAAUUCAUUUAUUUAUAAUCAGUCUAUUGAUUAUUUUUUUCAAACGAUUAGUAAUAAUACAACAAUUUUUUUAGUAGAAAGAGAUUUAUUUUUUAAUAUUUAUCUUUAUAGAGAAAAUUAUGGAAUUACUUUAAAAAUUUUUAAAUAUUCAAAUAAGGAAUUGGAAAGUGAAGAAAUCACAUAUGAUGAAAUUAACAGAAAUAUCAUUCCCAAAUCAGAAGAAAUUUACUCUUUUUCUAAUAAACAUAUAUAUAUACCUACAUAUUUAGAGAAGGGUUUAUAUAUAUUUAAAUUUGAGAAUAACUUAGUUCCUUUUUUUAUAAAAUUAAGUAUAAUACAUGAAUAUGAGAAUGAAAUUAUAAAAGAGAAUAAUUAUCUGAGAGCAGAUAAAAAUGAAAAAAAUUUAAUAAAUUAUAAGGUUAAGGAUACCUUGUCUUCGUAUGACUUUAGUAAUGAUAUAGUGAAAGAUGAAACUUACUAUUUUUUUGAUAAAGAAUUGCAUUGUAAUGAAACUAAUGAUACUUCCUAUCAUAACAAAAAUUUAGAUAGUGUAAUAUUUUUUUUCGAAGAAGUUAUGAACAAAAAUUUUUUUAAAAUUUAUAAUAAAAUGGAAACUUUUUUAAGAGAUAAUUCUGAAAAUAUGUUAGUUUAUAAAAGAUUUUUUAUAUGCUUAAAAGAUAAGGAUAAUAGCGUUUAUAAUGAUACAAAUAAUUAUAAUACAAUAAAUUUCGGUAACAAUAAUAAUUAUAAAAUUUUUAGUAUGAAUAUAGAGGUGGACUCACAAAUUUAUAUAGAAAUAAAACCUCAUUGUUAUCUUUUUAUGUAUCCAUUUCAUUUGACUAUAACAUCAAAGGAUUCUUAUUUUAAAAUUUCCAAUAGAGAUAAAAAUUUUAUCACAACUUAUUUAAGUAAGGGUGAAUAUGAAAUACUCUUAUCCUUUCCUUUAUCAAAAAAUUUGAAUAUCAAAAAUAUUAUUUUCGAUUUAAUUAUAUUAUUUGUUACAAAUAAUAAUAAUAUUAUGCCAAAUUGGAAUGAAUUGGAUUAUAGUGCCAAUAAUUUGAAACAGAAAUAUGUUCACAAUGACAAUUGCAAAAUAAAUAGUUAUAAAUAUUUAUUUAGUAAAGUAAAUUUAGUAGAUAUGAAUAAAGAUGAUUAUUCUAUAAAUAAAAAUAUAGUUAAUUCUAAAUUUAAAAGUAAAUAUUUUCAAAAUUUUGAUAAAUAUUUUAUUAGUAAUUCCCGGCAUGAAAUUUUUUUUACCAUUCCAGAUUAUACGUAUUUUUUAAAAAUUUUCUUUGUUUCUAUUAAUGAGCUAAUGGAAGAUAUAGAAGAAAAAAAUAAAAAAUUUAGCAAUUUUUACGACUUUUCUUCCAAUUAUAUGAAUAAUUUACUAAAAAGGCAUAAUAAUAUUAAUAUUCAAGUUUUUCUACAUAAAGAAAAAGAAUCAAGAGAUAUAAACAAUGAAUUCGAGAAUGAAGAAGAUAGUUCAUAUGUUAGGCCCUUAUAUUAUAAUGAAAGUGAAGAAUAUGUGUUAAAUUUAUAUAAAGUUGAAAAAAAUUUUAAAGUACUUAUACAAACAAAUAACUUUGAUUGCAAUUAUUUUAAAUUAAUUAUAUCUCUUUAUCCUAUUAAUUUUUAUAAUCAGCUGUAUCACUACAAUGAUUCUCACUAUAUUAAUGAAUAUCUUGAAAAAUUAUUUAAUACUUUAUCUACUAAAAUACAAAAGUAUGAAGGAAUAAGGUUUAAAGAAAAAAAAUUAUCAAAUUAUUCUUAUAUAAAUUUAAAUACAGAUAUUAUUUUUUUAAGAAAUAAUAAUCAUCAAGAUGUAUUUUCAUUUCCAUUGAAAAUUGGGGAGAGUAGUUAUUUUAAAAUAAAUAUUGGUUAUAAUUUUUCUUUGGUUAAUUUUGAGAUAAGAUUAAUCAAAAAUAAUAUUACUAUUUCUAAUAGUAAUAAAAUGGAAGUAAAUUUAGACAAUAGAACUAUUAACAUAUUUGAGAAUAUUAGUUUAUAUUUAGAAAAAGGAAAUUAUGAAUUAAAAAUUUCUGUAAAUGAUUUAAUUGAAAAUAUUGCUGAUUUAAAUAGUUUUAAUUUUCCUUUUUAUUUUGAACUUCAAAUUUUUGAAUUCUUUAAUGAGGAAAAUAAUGAUACAGUUUUAUUAGAUAUAUUUCCUGAUAAUUCCAUAUAUAUUGAUAAAAAUUACACUUUUUUUAUUGAUAUAAUAUUUUGGGGUACAGUAAAUGAAAAAAUAUACUUAGAAGAUUAUGAACAAAAUCAUCUAGAAUUAAAAAAUAAGAGAGUGAUUAAAUAUAAAAAUAUUGAAGUACAUAAAAUAAUUUUAUUAACAGAAGAAAUGGUUCAUAUUGGACAAGAAUUCUUUUUAAAGUUUAAUACAAAUAUUAAUUUAAAUGAAGGAUUUGAAAAAAAAUUAAAUUUUACUUUUUUAAAUGAUAAUGUAAAUAAAGUCAAUAAAAAAAAUUAUGAAAUUUUAUUAAACAAUGGUGAAAAAACAGAAUUUGAUUAUGUAAGUAUAGAUAGUAAAAAUAGCAACUAUCCACAUAAUGCUUCAAAUGAAGAAUGGUUUUAUGAUCUUGAUAAAAUUGUUCAAAAUUAUAGAUUUAAUGAAGAAAAGGAAGAGAAUAAAGCAGAUUUUAUUUUAAAUGAAUCAUUGAAUAAUGAAAAUGAUUUUUUCUAUAUACCAAUAUUUUCUUUUGAUAUUUUUUCUUUUGAAAAAGAAAACUUUUCUUCUUUUAUGUUUAUUUUUUCCGCUUUUUGCCUGUCUUGUGCCUUUAUUUUUACAUUAAUAAAAUUAUAUAAACAUUGGAAAUAUUAUAGAAAUUAUAAUAUUAUUAGUGAAAGUGAAGAAACAACUAAUCUUUUUUAUGAUGAUGAUUUAUAG